GCCGCCGCCGCCGCCGCCUCAGUCUGCGGGAGCGAGCGGGGCUUGACGUACGGCUCUCUGCCCGGGGGACGUCGGUGCUUUGCUGGGCCCUCAACAUGGAGUUUUUAAUGGGUAAUCCGUUCAGCACGCCGGUGGGACAGCGAAUCGAGAGUGCGACAGGCGCCAGCAUGCCAUCAGAAGACUGGGCCCUCAACAUGGAGAUCUGCGACAUUAUCAACAGCUCGGAGGAAGGACCUAAAGAUGCAGUCAGAGCCUUGAAGAAAAGGAUUGUGGGCAACAGGAACUUCAAGGAGGUCAUGCUGACGCUCACCAUCCUGGAGACGUGCGUGAAGAACUGCGGCUACAAGUUUCACGUCCUGGUGACCACGCGGGAUUUUGUGGAGGGGGUUCUCGUCCGGUCGAUCAUCCCGAAAAACAACCCUCCAUUAGUCCUGCAUGACAGAGUGCUCAGCAUUGUACAGGCGUGGGCUGAUGCGUUCCGGAGCUCGCCCAACCUGACGGGCGUGGUGUCCGUGUACGAGGACCUGCGGAGGAAGGGACUCGAGUUCCCCAUGACGGAGCUGGACGGCUACUCGCCCGCCCAAGACCCCCAAAAGCCUUCGCCUGGGAACGGGCCUGCUGUCACUCCUCUGCCCGCCGUGCUCCUCUCUUCCAAACUUCCGCUCAUCCCACCGCUGACUUCCGAGCUCAAACUGUCCCUGGAGGGAAACAAUGCCUUCAAUCCCAGCCAGAUAAAACAGCUUAAGACGGAGCUGGGAGUGGUGCGGGGCAACCUGACGAUGAUGUCGGACAUGAUGACUCGGCUGGAUCCUGUCACGGUGAAACAAGCCGACAUGGAGCUGCUAGAGCAGUUAUACACAGUUUGUAAGGAAAUGCAAGGCAGGAUUGUAAAGGUGGUGCCCAGACUCAGUGAGGAGAAGCUGAUCGAAGAGUUGCUGGCAGCUAACGAUGAGAUGAACGGCGCCUUUACCCGCUACCACAGGUUUGGAAGACAAAUGCCGAACGGUCACAGCACAGCAGAGAAGAGUCACACUUACGUCAACGUGACGGACUUCGAUUUGAUGCCUGAGUCCGUCAGCCAAUCAGGGCUCAGCUCGCUCAGCCUGUCAAAAGCGGACAGUUUUUCCAGUCAGAUGGCAAGACUUAGUACGAGUGAAUCUGAUGACACAUUAUCGCACAGUAUAAAGGUCUCAACUCGACAAAGGCCAAGCGAGCAGAGGGAAGUGGACGGCCCGGCUCCGGACAGCAGACCCCUCAGCGCUGCAGCGAUUCCUAUCAACCAGUCCACUGUGAUGGAUGACAUUGAGAAAUGGUUGGAGCUGGAUGAUGAGUAUGACGACUUUGAAGAUUCGGAUGGCGUGACCAGUGAAGAAUUUGACAAGUUUUUGGCAGGAAGAGCAAAAGCAGCCGAGCGCCUUCCGUCGGUGAGAGCGUCCCCGCAGGACGCCGACCACUCCGAGUCUUAAGCUACGCUUGGAACCCGCCAAACUAACGGCAGUCGUGAAGCUCCCGCGCCAUCAGCUGAGAACAGGGACAUUUGGGGUUGAAGGGCACAUUUGACGUGGGGACCACAGCCCAUAUCUUGCUGUGUGUGCUGCUCUUUACUUUUGUUUUUUCUUACUGAUAAGAAGUUGUUUGUUUUCUGGAGGGGCUGAGGUUUUUACUUGACGUUGUUAUGAGGGUUUGUGCAUGUGUGGAAUGCAAACAUUUGCACAUUUUAUAUGGUUACAUUCCUGCUGUUGAGAGGGGGUAUUGUUCCAGAAGACAACUUUUGCAACAUGGAUUAUGUAUUAUAUUGCUGUUCUAUAUAUAUAUAUAUAUAUUGGUAAACAUGAUUACAGAAAGCGCCCCUGUCUUUAGUAGCGAACACUGUUAGCGUGUGUGUAAGAGAAAGCUCGCUUGCUGCAUAAUUAAAUAAUCGGAUGCUUCACGUCCUUAUUGACGUAGUCGAGGAGAACUGAAUGUUGGUUGUUGUAGUUUUUCUUUUUUACAUCCAAACGUUCCCUUGAAAAGAGGUUUUACUUGAAGUUUAACAGGAAGUCAUGACAAAUUGUCAUAUUAAACUAUUAACUGGAA